AUGGACACGAAGACUCCACCCAUCCCGUUGAAGGUCCAGGAGAAGCCUAAACCAAGACAGCAGGAAAGUGUGGCUGACGUGUCACUGCCCCCGCUGACACCAUACAAGAAUCAUCGUCCGAAGCAAAAAACCGCUGGGACUCAGUGGUCGCGUGAUGCGCCAAGUGCUAUACGGUAUCAGGAUCAUCAGAAAAAAAGGCCUUACAGAGUGCUGCAAAUUGGCGCAACGCCGUUGAUGCACGCUUGUCAACAAGGUGAUAGAGCACGGGUCCUAAGACUGUUAAAGGAGCAAGAAGAAACGAUAGGUUACAGGGAUCGGACACUGAGGAGCGCUUUACAUUAUUGCAUGGACGCUGGAACCGGAGGUGCCGUCGCUUCGGCGGCACCGGAACUGGUAAAUGCGCCCGACGCCGAAGGACACACUCCACUUCAUUUAGCAGUUAUCGCCGGCGACACACAAUUGGUGGCCGUUCUGCUGGCUAACGGGGCUGACGUUAAUGCCAAAGAUUUGGAGGGACACAGCGUUCUUCACUGGGCCACUGUAUGCGGUGAAGCAGAAUGUGUCCGACUGGUGUUAGCAGCAGGUGCGCGUCCGUCGACGCCAGAUCUCCGUGGAGGAUCACCACUUCACUAUGCUGCUCAAUGUUGCGGAGCAGCAGCCACUGCCGAACUGGCGGUUCCUAAGAAAGUUGGCCUGAAGGUUCUUCAAACCCUUUUGGAAUUUGGCGCCGACGUGAACGCAAAGGACGAAGAUGGAAGGCAGCCAAUUCUAUGGGCGGCGAGCGCCGGUAGCGUUGAAGCUGUGUUAGCAUUGGCUAGAGCCGGUGGUUCAGCUGCUGCAGGAGCUGCAGACAAAGAUGGCCUCACGGCUCUUCACUGUGCCGCUUCCAGAGGACACGCAAGGUGCGUGGAGGCUCUGGUCAAUUUAUGCGGUGCCCACCCCGACCAUGUCGAUGACAACGGUUGUUCGGCACUGCAUUAUGCAGCCACUCUCGGCCACGCAGAUGCCACUGCCUUGAUCCUGAAAUUGGGAGCUGAUCCUAAUCGACAAGAUCGGAAGGGUAGAACACCGGCGCUCUGUGCUGCAGCAAAGGGUCAACUCGAAACUUUAAAGAUCCUAGCACAACAUGGUGGUUCUCUGUAUGCGAGGACAGUAAGGGGAACCGGAGUUGCGCACGAAGCAGUAGCUUCCGGUAGAAUCGAACUGAUCAAAUGGCUGGCGAAGAAGCGUCCUGGCACUUUGGACGUGGCCACGCACGAUGGCAAAACUCCUUUGCACGUAGCCGCUUUACACGGCCAUUUAGACGCCUGCAAAGUUCUUUUGGACAACGGCGCAAGGAUCAACGCAGUGCUUCGAACCAGUAAAGGCAACUUGAUGACAGCUCUUGAUGCUGCGCUUUACAGGGGGCACAGGGAUUGCGCUAAGUUGAUUCAAAUGCACGGUGGUACUACGGCUCAUCAGCUGAAAAUGCAGAAGACUGUACCGAAUAAAGUCUUUGCAGCGAGAUUGCAAAUGAAACAUGUGGACAGCAGCACUGAUUCAGAGAGCAGCCCUCGUAGACGAGGUCGCAGCUACAAACUUCCGGAUCUUUACUACGAAGAACAAUGGAUCGAGAAAAGAACUCGGCGAAGGGGGAACUUGCGGAAAUUAGUUCGACAGGAUAGUCGGAGCUUCAGUGAGGAGGAAGUUAGAUUGUCAAAAACGUCCUCGAAAGAUCAAAGGAGAGCCCGCAGUGAAUCGGCACGAUACGACGAAGAUGAUACAGAUCAAAAACUAAGAAGAAGAAGAAGAAGUAAAAAGCGGUCAGCCAAAUCGAAGCCUGACUCCAGCGAGCCUUCGAUAGACUCUGAUAGUGGAGACCUGUCUAAACGAAAACCGGAAAAGCGAAAGGAAGGUGGCAAGACGGAUAAAAGCAACGGAACGGAAAACAAGGAGGAAUCCAAGAAAGAAGACGAAGAUGACGAAAGUGUAAGCGACGAUAGUCUAGAGGUAGUCGUGGUGAAACGAUCUCUAGAAAAAAAAUGUGAAAAGGUUGUGUCCGGAAGGAGAUCAAGGACGCCCAGGGAAAGUUCGAAAGAAACAAAGUUCACCAAAACACAGAAAAGCACUAGGAGAAAAUUAAAUUCCAGUAAAUCGAAAACGUCGAACAAUGGUGACAGUACGGCGGAUCGAAUGCAAUCAUCCGAUAAAGGUUUCAAGGAGUCGGAAUUUCGGGAACGAGAUACACCGAGAACUUCUGUAGACGAGGACAAAGAAAACCGAGAAAAAAUAAUCGAAAGUCGAUACCGCAGGGAUAUCACUGAUAGCACGAGCCAAGAAACCGUGGAGCGUGUUGUAGUAACAGCCAUGGUUCAUAAGGAUCAGACUCCAGAUACACCGAAAUCCAUGCAGGAAACAUCAAAGGAAGUUACUUUUAACGAUAGGCUGAGAACGGAAAUAAUAGAGUCUGAGGAACUAUCCAGAGAUGCUGUUUCUAGUGCGAAAGUGGACGACAUCGUCGAGCAUACCACUGAAUCAGGUAGCAAUCUCGUGACAAAGGCAGCUAGUUUGAAGAAAGAUGUGGAAGGAAUGAGGCAGCAGAUCACGCAGGAGAAGACACAACGUAAAAGUGGCAGGAAGAAGAGCGAAGAAGGAGAAGAGGAAGGACAAUAUAGAAAAGACAGGAAGGAAAGUAUAAGUGGAAAGAUUGAAAAAGGUGAUGGAACUAAAGAAGAUUCAAGAACAGAUGCAAACGAACAGGAUAAAUCAUCUGUCGAGGAAGAAGGAAAAAACAAAGAGUUGGAUGUAGAUGAGAUAGGCAGGUUAGACGUGCACACGACAACCGAGACGGAAAGUCCUACGCUGGAUUCGCAGAAGGAUUACCGACGCCUGGAAACCGGACAAGAAGAUGAUCUCACGUCUAAAUCGGGAGGAACGACGCCCAAAACCGCGGAUGAAAAGACAGACGUAUCCGAGCACACUUCCAAAGAUGAACUAGAUGAAUCCGAGCAGGCUAGCAGAUCCGAAAGUCUAACGAGGGAUUCCCAGAGGGAAGAUUCUACGCCGCGAACGGCUGUACAAGACAUUCCACCGUCAGAGGAGGAAGAAAAGAAAUCGACAUCCGAGAAACCAGAAAACAAACCAAAAAGUAGGAAAGGCAGCAUCAAAAGGAAACCCUCAAUCGAUGAAAAGAAAGUUAAAUCAUCGUCGAGGCAGUCGAAUGGAAGCGCGAGUCCUCAAAAGAGCAGUCGUAAGAGAAGAGAAUUUAGCAAAAAACGGGAAUCUUUCACGAAAAAGGUAUCCACGAAAUCAUCUUCGGAGAAAACGAGUCAAGAUACCGCAGAGGAAGCCAUGCAAGUACAGAAAAUGGAGACAGGCGUUGUUGGAAGUCCAGUGAAGGAAACGCAAGAUCUUUUGAUGGAAAGUUCAAGGAAGGAAUCACCGGACGACAAGGAGCAAGCAGAUUCCGCGCGCAGGAAGUCGGUAGAUCUUUCAUCGGCUUCGAGAGAUUCCGCGCUAAUGGAGGAAGCGGAUGACCGGUCUUUAAGCGUUGAUACUCCGGUUGCUACGAAAAGGAAGCUGUCUGGUGAAGAGGAAGCAGCUGAGGUGUUAUCGCCGGCAAAAUCUAAUUUGGAAGAUCAAGUGAUAGAGACUGAAGAUGUUAAGAAGAGCAAAAAGCGGUCUAUCGAGGAUGCGUUAACCACAGAAAAGGACAGCUUUCGGUACAUAGACGAAAGCUCCUCGAGUUCUCCAAAAUCAGCGCAAAUAAGACGAUCAAGACCUUCAACGGGAAAAGCUAGAACCACUGGGACGUCAUCUUCGAGAGCGUCAGCAAAGAAGAGUCUGUUCGAAAGCUCGGAGGAACGGUCCCCUGAUAGAAGUGCCAUAGUCGCGGUUAUUGAAAGUCCAGAGUGGGACGACGAGGAUGAAGAAAUUGCAAAGGAACUCCGAGACGUGAUCGGAGAGGACGAUGAGCAUGAGACGGAGCUUGAAGAGGAUAAUGAAAUCGGAGUGGUGAGGGUUCUACCCAGUACGAGUGAGGAAGAGACAUCUCGGAGAGCUCCUGAUGCCAGAACGGAUACUGACACUUUACCACAAGUGCAACCCAGUACUCAUACACGAGUGACCAGAAUACGAAGUCCACAAGAAAGUAGGACGAGUCGUCUGCAAGGGAAGCAACGUCGAGACAGCGGUGGUAGAGACAGUGGUAUCGAGCCUAGUCCAAGGGUGUCCAGGAUACCAAGAAGAAGAAUCAUGAAAUGUUGUCCUAAUACCGAGAAGCAACAAGCUUUGAACAUGGAGACUAUAACGAGAGAUGUACAGAUCAGUCUACGACGUUAUCAUUUGGAAAGAAAAAUUUUUUUCCAAUUAAUGGAACUGAAGAGAUUGCAAAUACGACAUGGCAGAGCAAACGAACAUGUUCUAGUUAAAAGACAAGUUGAUGCCUUCCAUAAAGCAGGAAUGUCUGGACCUACCCUCGGUGUGGCAAAAUACGACCAACCCUUAACAUUCAGACACUUCGAGACCUUUCUGUAUGACCAACUGAGGAAACUUCAGAGAAGACCAGCUACCCCAGACUUCUGUACCGAAGCGAAACAGUGCACUCAGAAAACUCAUCGAUGUCAUCACGCAACAAGCGCUUACACUUCUUUCCCUGUAUAUACAUAUCUAGGUGGAGGCGCCCAAGAACCAGCAGAUCUUCUUCCGAAGAUAGAGAGUCGAGGAAAGGGACAAAUGACGGUGGAAGUAACGCACGGAGAAGAAAAGCAAAUAAUAGCUCUUCCAGCUGAAAGACUGGACCGUACAAAGAAAUAUUAUGUAACGUUCACCGUGAAAGGGGAAGCACACGAUACGGAAAAGCCUAAAUCGUCGACCGGUAUCCAGAGAAAUGCCAAAAGCGUUUAAGAAGUUUUCGACAUCCGUGCCUUCUUACUUUUCAACUUAUAAAGCUGAACAUGUUGACUGCCAUAGUGGUUCCGUUGACGCCACUGUAUCACUAAUAACUACUAGACUGCAAAUAUUUAUGCAAAUAUUAAUUUUUAUAGUCUAAUUUACAAAAACUGGAAUCAAAUAGGAAUUAGUCUGUCUCAUUAAAUAUUCUAUUACCUGCUGAAUGAAAUGAAAAACAGCAUUGAAUUUUGG